UGGAAUCUUAUGAAAGUACAUAUAUCGUGUAACCUACUAAAACUGAGUUCAUGGACAGUGGGAUAUAUUUAUACACAAAGGGGAAUAUUAUCAAAUGCCUAAACGGAAUAAACUGUAACUUGAUACCUCAUUUAUCGUAAUAGCAGGUUGAUUUGUUGCAUGACUGCCUAGUCAACCCGGGUGCAUAAAGAACUAAGACGAGCUGCACUGGCCGCUCAGCAGUUGGACAGUUACAUAGCUUAAAGCAAUCAUGCCUGGAACCGGAAACGCUCCACGGGCAUCGGACGUUGGGCGCCGUGUGCCAAUGGAAGUGGACACAGAACUCUUUUCGGACUUUGAGAUGAGGACACUUUUCGGCUCGGACGUUCUUGUACACUCAUCCGACCCUCGAGAUGAAGUAAUUGAGGACCCUAACAUCCUCCAUGUGAAAGCAGUGGACCUGGACAUUAAAAACAACACCAAAGCCCACCGCACAGAUGAGUUUGACAUCGCAGAUGCAAGCGUCUACGAUGACAGGGAAUUUUUGGUUGUUAGGCGCGGACAAGCGUUCAAGGCUAACAUUACGUUCAGCAAAGAAUUCGAUCCAUCCGAAGAUGACCUCAGGCUGAUCUUUCAGUUCGGGAAAUAUCCACUGGCAUCGUCCGGCUCCUAUGUUGAACUUGUUUUGUCUGACAAGGACGUUAAGAGCGAAUGGGGCGCGUGGAUGGAGUCCAGGGAAGAAAAAGUAACGUCCAUUCAGGUUGUGACGCCACCGACAGUUUACGUCGGCAAGUGGACCCUAAGUGUUGACAUUAUCAAGCGGAAAGAUGCCAAAAUAACGAUCUAUAGAUACAAACACGAAAAACCAAUUUACGUCCUGUUCAACCCAUGGUGCAAAGAGGACGGUGUGUAUAUGCCUGAUAAGGAUGGCUCGCAGAUUGGAGAGUACGUUCUGAAUGACACGGGCAAGAUUUAUGCAGGGAAUACCAGAAGUAUAUCACCCAAACCAUGGGUCUUUGGGCAGUUUACGGGGAACGUGUUAGACUGUAUAUUAAACUUGUUGGACACGGAGAUGAACGUAAAGAAGAGAGGGGACCCAGUAAUGGUGUCAAGGAAAUUGUCUGCUUUGGUGAACUCGUCGAACGAAGACGGAAUUCUGACGGGUAAUUGGAGUGGUGAUUAUACAGGCGGCACCUCUCCCCUAGACUGGACCGGCAGUGUCGCCAUAUUUGAACAGUACUACGAGACCAACGCCCCCGUGGAGUAUGGGCAGUGCUGGGUGUUCUCCGGCAUCCUAACGACAGCUUGUCGCGCUCUGGGGAUCCCGGCACGAAGCGUGACGAACUUCGCCUCGGCGCACGACACGGACGGAAGUAUCACCAUUGACGAACACUAUGACUCGGACGGAGAACCAAUGGCGCAUCUCAACGGCGACUCUUGUUGGAAUUUCCACGUGUGGAAUGAUGUUUGGAUGGCCCGUCCGGACCUGCAGGCCGGAUAUGGCGGCUGGCAGGCCAUCGACGCCACUCCACAGGAAGAGAGCAUAUAUGGUGGAAGUCGCUCGUACUGCAUGGGUCCAAUGUCGCUGCGUGCCAUUCGGGAGGGCAGAGUCAAUUUCCCGUACGACGGACCAUUUGUGUUUGCGGAAGUGAACGCGGACAGGGUUACCUGGAAGAAAAACAAGGACACCGCCAAUUUUGAAAUAGUCGACAUAACGAAAAGCAGCGUUGGUCGGUAUUUAAGCACAAAGGGAGUGAAAGGUAUGACAUUCGAACGCACGUGGUUUGAGAAGCUCAUUUGCUCGGAUGAAGAACGGGAGGACGUGACAUGUCAAUACAAGUUUAAAGAAGGAAGUGAAGAGGAGCGGGCGGCGGUGAGGGAGGCCAGUAUGCACUCGAGCGAAACAACCAAGAAGACCAAAGUCUAUGAGCCUGCUGUCAAGGAUGUUGAGUUCAAAGUGUCCGCUGAUCCGAAUACGUUUGUUGGUGACGACAUCGAGGUAACACUUGUCAUGGAGAAUAAGAGCGAUUCCACGAGAACCGUCAGCGGUACAUUGGUGAUCGGGACGACAUUCUACACCGGUGUCUUCCAUAAAGAACUUCUGAAAAAGAAAUUCCAAGGAGUACAAGUUGAAGGUUUAAAAGAGGAGAAGUUCCGCGUUCCUGUUAAAGAGUACCUUGAUAAGCUUGCGGACCAUUUCAUGAUCAGCAUCUCGUUCGUGUGCGUCGUUCAGGAGACCAGACAACACUUUGUAGACUCUAGCGAGCUCAGGCUCAGGAAACCGCAUCUUACCGUCAAGGCGCCCGACAAGGCGAGAGUGGACAAGAGUUUCCAGGUAAACGUGUCCUUCGUCAAUCCACUGCCGGUCUCCCUCACGAAGUGUGAGCUCCGCGUUGAAGGCCCGGGACUACUUAAACCAAUCUGCUUCCAACAACCGGACUUGAAGGAGAAGAGCACGUUUACCGCUACGUUCGAGAUGACCCCCGUAAAGACAGGUCAACGUGACAUCAUCGUGUAUUACAACAGCCAGGAGAUCUCAGCUAUCACAGGAACUCACUCCGUCAACGUCGAGUUUUAACCGGGAGAAUUGGAUUUAACCGGGAGAAUGGGAUUUAACCGGGAGACUGGGAUUUAUGUCGGACGAUGAACAAUCUUACAUAUCAUUACGUUUUAUAGAUAUACAUUGUAUUUUAAUCUACAUUACCAGUGUGACGCAAGAAAAAUACUUUAAAAGUAGACUAAAAAUUGAAUACUGGCGUAACACAGUGGGUCCGAAUUCCAUGCAUCUCUUACAUAAUUGUGUGGUGUGUUUCUUUAUAUUUUCUUAUACCUUCAAACGAGGCAAUCAAACGUUGCGUGUGUGUAUGUCAGUGUGAACAGUAGAUGAAUGAAAUAGACGUUAUUGCAUAGCCAUAGUAUUAUAUGAAUUAGUAUUUCAUCGUAGAUGUAAGUGCCUACUUAAUAUUUGUAUGUGUGUUAACGCUUAAAACGAUCAUUUUUUCCUACUAACUGUAGCAUUGAUACGUUCUUAAGAUUGUUUUGUGUCUUUAAGUUUUACAUCAUUGCACAAAUGUUGUUUGUUCUGCCUUACCAAUGGGUCCGGUAAAAACAGUAUUUAGUGCGAUUUCCGGUAUGUACACAGAUGGCUUAUAUAGCUAAAACUAUGUUAAGACCUUUGUUGAGUUUUGUGUAAUAUGUAACUUUGUUAGUUCUUAUAUACGUACUUUUGGGAAUAAAUCAUUGAAUGUUG